AGUCUAACGACUUGCUGCUGUCUGCGCUCGGGACCUGCACACAUCAAAAAGGACAUAAACAUUUCUCCCCAUAGCAGUUUGUUUCUAUACCUACCGCCACUGCUCGCUACUACUUACCAGAAUGAAUGUGGGUGUGGCACACAGUGAGGUGAACCCAAACACUCGGGUCAUGAACAGUCGAGGGAUCUGGCUCACCUAUGCGCUUGGUGUUGGAAUACUUCACAUUGUGCUCUUGAGCAUACCCUUCUUCAGUGUGCCCGUGGUGUGGACUCUAACUAAUGUUAUACACAACUUUGGAAUGUAUGUGUUUAUGCAUGCGGUGAAAGGCACACCCUUUGAGACCCCCGACCAAGGAAAAGCCAGACUUCUCACACAUUGGGAACAGCUCGACUACGGCGUGCAGUUCACUUCGUCUAGAAAGUUCUUCACCAUCUCCCCGAUCAUUCUAUACUUCCUGGCAAGUUUCUACACAAAGUACGACACGGCGCACUUCGUCAUAAACACUGCCUCGCUUUUAAGCGUCCUGAUCCCCAAGCUACCACAGCUACACGGAGUAAGAAUCUUCGGCAUCAACAAGUAUUAAUUUAUUGCAAAAAAAAAAAAAUGCUGUGGCCCACAGCAGCAGGAGUCGAAAUGUCCGCGUAGUCCGUAGCGCAGACGUGUGUACUAAGUCGUACCGUUUGUGUAAAACGUCACUGUCGUCGUUUAGGUAUAUCAGGUUUAAGAUGAAAUGUUUAAAACAAACAAGCAGGAGUAGGUUUGUAGGUGACCGGAUGCCAUAUGCAUUACUAACUUAUGUGAAUAUUUAACGAUGUACUUUUGGCCUGCAUAGACCUGGGCUGGCCCAGGAAUCAGUGAGGCGUUUUGGUUGAGUUUGUUUCUUUGCCCUCAAUUCACAUGGCAACACAUCUUGUGAGUUUGAGUCCGUUUCUAGCCACAGAGACGUCCCGACAUGUAUUUUUCAAAGAUGUUUACUUCGUAAAGGGUAGGGGCCCGUGGCUCAUUGUUUAUUGGUACACUCUCAUUUUGUAAUGAGUGUCAAACUUAUUCAUGCCGAGUGAAGAAUAGAAUCAUACUCUUUAUUUGCACGAUUUCCUCGGUAUGUGAAUCUUUUCUCGUUUGUAUCUCGAACAGGGUAGGCCGUCUCGUUGUACAGUUUUUUUUUUUUUGUGAAUGUUAUGUCCUGUAUGUUAAAGAAAAAGUCCUGUGUGUAGAAGUGAGACAAAUUCUUGUUGUCUGGUUAAGUGUUUACUGAGGGAGGUAUACAGUAUCUCUGUGAUCAACUUACAUUAAUGUAGCUGCUCUAUUUUAGAUUGACUUUUUGCUACCAUCAAGGCAGCUGUGGUAUUUAUUAUAAAUACAUGUUGGCACAUAGUUAUGCGAAGCUGUACAUGUGGGGACUUAGGACCCAGGGGAAUGGGGGCGAAGCAGGGCAACCUGGGAAGGGGUCUGGACUGUGAUGUAAUGUACCGGAGCAGCUAUGGAAUAAAGAGUUAAGAGCAGUCUGUUCUCACGUUUAUUUCUAAACACGACAGCAGCUAGUCCUACUUUGUUUGGCUGUAGCGCUUUAUUUCUUCUUCUUAAUCUUAUUAAAAAGUUUGUGCCCUCUACAGCGUUUCAUUUCUUAUUGUUGUGUAUAAGCAUGUUUAUGGAAUAUCAGGAGAUUUUGUGUAAUUUCCACAUAAGGAAAGUCAAUUAAUUUGAGGAUUAUCAGGGAAUCUUACACAUGGUAGUCUUUUAAAGAUGAAUAUAGAGCAUUUACUACCCACCUUUGAUGUGAGCUGUUAUAAACUGUUGUCAGCUGUGGUGGAAACCAAUUCUGACCUUAGAAGCAACACUGGGCUUAUCAUCUGCAAAAUUAAUAAAUUGUAUAAAGCAUCGUUAAAAAAUAAACAAAGUUAAGUCAGUUGCCGAGGCAAACCAGCUCUCGAAUAUUGACACAUCAAACUUUACAACAGUUGUUUUUAACAUCCCCUGCAAGUUAAUGUGACAAAACAUCCAAGUUUUUUAUUUGAGCUGGUAACACAGUAAAUGUGAAAACCUCAAAGAUGAGCACAAAUAAAGUAGCAGCUAUGAAGAAAAGAGAAGCAUCCUGCAGCUAAAUACUGAAAAAACAAACAAAUGCUUCCUCACCUGGACCUAUUCACUAAGGCUCCUACGAAAGAAAACUGAAUUAUUAACAUUUGUAAUGUUAAUGUCGUAUUCAAAUUCAGGUUUGUGUCCGACCUGUUAAUCCUUCCAAUGAGCCUGUAAGUCACAGAAAGUUCAGUCAAACACCCAAACCUAAAAGAAAGUCAGCCCUACGGUGGGAACCUUAGUUUUCAUCUACACACAUGCUCUCAAUAGAAUGACCAAAUGAUUAAAAACUUUAAUUAAAAGAAAUGUUUAUGUAAAACAGAUGAGUCCUACAGUUCCACCUGUGAAUUCUACAGCUCAGACACGUUAAUUAUCAAUCUCUCUCUUGAUGUGGCUGCCCAGUCCAUUCAGACCCUCACACUGCUUGCCCAACACGCCUUUGUAAACCUCAAAGCGAUGGUUCAAAUCUUUCUGUGAGUGGAUUUUAUAUUUGGUCCCCACGGCCCCGUCGGCGGAGGAAGUCCCGUAGAAGACGCGACCUAUCCGCGAGUGCACCAGCGCCAUGGCGCACAUGACACAAGGCUCCCGGGUCACAUACAGGUCAUACCCGGUACAUAUGUACGGCUGGGAGCUCGUCUCUGCACCCGCGGCGCUUUGAGAGGUGUCCGGGGUUGGCGGAGUCAAUCGGCAAGCAGGGUACCUGUCAAAGGAAUAACAUCCGCCGUCCUGGCUCUGAGCCACGAGGUCGAUGCAGACCAUGACCGCAUGGUGGAGGGGGUGGUCCCCUCUGCAGUCGUGGCCCACAGCAACGAUUCU